UUUCCUGUGUCACUUCUAUGGAUCCAAAAUAAUUUACCAGUACUUUCGCCGGCCUGAAAGUAAUCAGAUAUUCAUACAUAAAAUAAAUUUAAAUAAAAUCUAUAUAUUUUGUACGCUCACAAUGAACAGGAGGACAAUUGCCGAGCGAUCUAUUUGGAUGGAAUGUCUUCGGGAAAAUGCCACCAAUAUGCGUCUGGAGCACGAGGAUCUGGCACGUCGCAUUUCCGCAUCUUUGGCUAGUUCCCAGAAAGCUCUGCUUGAUAUCGAAGUCUUGAAUAAUGAGCUGUUGAAACUGAAGUACACAAUCAAUAGCGCCAUUGUCGAUAUAAUGUGCUACGAAAAUAAGUCUUGUGAAUUUCUUCUUGAAAUUUUGAUUAAAAUAGUUGAUACCAACGAUUUGGAUGCCCAACUAAAUCCCAAUAUGAUCUCUACGACGUUUCUCGAUUUGGAUGCGAGUUCCGACGAGCCAUUAGAUCUGAAUGACCUUAGUCUGGUAAGGUCUGAUUUAAAUCAGCAAUAUUCUCAAGAUGUUCCAGUUCCUUCUGAUGAAAACAGUACUGAGGAACAGUUGCCAUGCAAAUUGGAUACUAGUCCGCUCCAAUUGGAUUAGUACCGAGUUAAUUUAAUGCAUUGUCAAUUCCAACUACCCCAUUUACAUGGAGUAACAAGGCGGUCAGCGCCACAAAUGUUUUAUAUUUUUUA